AUGGCGGCGGACCGUGCAAUGUUCGUGCUGUCCGAUGAGCUAAAGAGGAUUCAGGAAUUGCAAAGAAGGUCCUUGAGUGGACUUCAUCAAGUUGAAGCGCAUCAGGCAGUCCUGCAGACCACCAUCGACAAGCUCUUUCAACGCUUGUCUCAAGGGCAGGUGGCCUUCGACACAGACGAAGGAGGGGCAUGCACAGUCAACGAGGCGAUCCUUGAUGCCAAAGAUUCUGGCAACGAGGUGAAAGAGCCCUUGCAGACAGAGGUGCCUGCCCCAAUCCCUUCGGAGGCGACUGUGCCAACUCUGCAGGACGGCGCCUUCAACAAACUGAGGGAUGGCAUCGCGGCGGGCGAGCACCGCUCGCUCCACCGAGAUGUGCUGGGCACCUUGGAGACGGAGGGCAUCCUUGAUGCAUCGGGAUGGAAGGACAUGGGUUUGAGGUUGAGGAUGAAGAUGCUACGUUGCUUCGUGGUGGACAGUGUUCCAGAGAAAGAGGAGCUAGCAAGGCAAGGAGUUGUUUUCAUACAGCCUGACUUGGGCUUCUCACGAAAUGAGGAGACACUUCAACCCAAAUGA